AUGAAAGAAAAAGAAAUUGAAAAAAGAACAAUCGGGAACAGGAUCAAAAACUACAUCGUAGGAUGCACGGACCCGCCCACGCCUCCGUCUGGCUGGAUGAAACGGACCGGAAACAAAGCUGAAUCAGGAUGCCAGCCUAAUAAGGUACUCUGGAGAAUGACGUGUCACGUGAACAGCUGGGUCGGGGACGAAAUAGGGAUGUGUGAUGGAGAGGGCAGAAGUGCCGACGCGUGGAAUGGUGAUCUUGCCGGAAGUGGCGGGGCUGGUGGGGGCUCGAAUGAUGGCUUGCUGGCGGUUGUUGGUAUCGGCAUUGUGCUUGGUAUUGUUCUGGGUUUCUCUAUGCUGACCAUCGCCGUUGCUAUGCUGAGAAAGCGAAACAGACAAAAACAACCGAUCCAAGUACUCGAGAAACUCAACAGUGACAUUUACCAACAACAACAUCAACAUCAGCGCAUCCCUUCGACAGGAACUACUUCCGUUUACAACCAAGCGACAACAACACAGACGCAACAACAACAAAUGUUCCAACAACAAAGCAAGUAUCAACAGCAACAACAACAACAACAAACUAGAGAUGUGAUGAUGAAUGUGCAAACGUACGCCCCCAUCGCUGAUUUGCUGUUAUCAAGUGACGUCAUAAUGAAUGCCAAUGAUGGAAGUUACCGUAGUAGCGACCCUGACCUUACUUAUUUACCCACACCUCCGCCACCUCCACCGACCAAGACGUUGCAGUUCUCUUCUUCCGCCAUGCCAUCUUUCGUAAAAUAA